AUGGAUGAUGGGCAGAUUGACUUAUCGGUUGUACAAUUGUUUGACAAGGCAUGUAUUAAGAUUCUGGACAAGUCACCUGGUGUGCAUCUCUAUGUUUUUAGUAGACUGAAAUUGGAGUGGGUAAGUUGUCAUCUUAACGCAAUGACAGUAAUACGGUGUCAGGAGAAAACUGAUAUUGGAGGGGUUCUAUUUGUCUGUGAAAGGAGUUCUGACCCCCACUACGCAUUUCAUGUUAUAAAUCGGAAUGAUUCAACUAAAAAUUCUACUCAACCUAUCACUUCCAGCCUGGAGAUACUCCUAAGACCUCCGCACAUGUUUUACAGGACAUCUCUCACUAUUUUCUCCAUGUGGUUUUGCGUUACUAGCGAUUGCAAGCGUAUUUAUGAGCUCCUUAAAAGGGUGAUCAACAGUAUUAGCUUCAAGGAGAAAGCCGCGAAGGACGUUUUCUUCUUGCCUUCUACGAAGCCGUCACUUGAUGAGGCUGUCAAGUUGUCUUCCUCGGGUCCAAGCAUUACGGCAGGGUGCUCAAGCAUUCGUCAGCUUCUAUCCUCUGCAUCGGAGGAAUUCGAGGCAUGUGAAAUCUCGCACUUCAUCCAUGCUCGUUCCAUAAACGAGGAUGGUAAGCCUGCCAUUUUUUCGCAUCCUCUAGAAUCAUCAAAGGCUGUAGCCCCUGCUUUAAAUCCGUCGAAUUCCCUGAAGUUUCACCUGUCCUACAUCGCUAUGGAUGCACCACCCAUCUCAGACUCGUCGGACUGCCAAUUCGCCUCCGAUUUGGAACGAACACUGAAAGAGGAGACUACGCCGAAGUUGGAGGAGGCUGUGACUUCCAUACCAGUUUUUUCAAAGAAAGAAACCGAGGAUAAGGUGAAUGGCGAGUUACUACGGCGGCUGCGGAACGAUGCUAAGAUGAUUAGGCAGGACAGCAAGACCAGCUUCUCAAACUCUGUUGAUGGUCUCACUCGCAAUCAGCUCAAGGCCGCGCUGCUACACCUGAUCGAGAAUGAUGAUGAUUUCUUAACAUCAAUCCACUCGGCUUAUACGGAGCGCUUAAACGAGCGACUGAAUCAGGCUGGUUAG